AUGGCCGCUGCCGCCUCUCGUCUGCUCGUCCUGAGCUCUGACGUGGAAGGCGCGCGCUCCGCCGUCUCAGAGCUCACAGACCUCUGCAACGACUGUGCUGCCGACGCGCCCAACGCCGCGACGCGCCACAACGCGACGGCGCUGACGCUGCAGACAAAGUACUACCGCGCGCAGGUGGACGUGCACGUGCAUGUGGUGCAGGACAAUGCGCCAGCGCCUGCGCUGCAGCACGAGCUGUGCGACUACGAAGCGGUGCUCGUCGUGGUGAACGCGGCGGAGGAAGAGAGUUUCCAACACGUGUGUGGGUUCGCCACGCGCGUCGUAGAGCUGGCGACUGUGGACGUGUGUCUGCUACUGGUUAGUAGUACGUGUAUGGAAACGACCGAGCGCGUGGAAACAAUGGAGAGCUGGUGUCACGGCAAUGGCUUUGAGCUGGUUGUGUCGAGCGGACCAGAGCGCUCUUGUGGUGAUCACAGUGUUGCAGGAGAGAAGCACGGGGUCGCACGCGUGCUGGAAGCUCUACAGUGCAACCGGUGGCGUUCCAUGGAGAUGCACGUGCGGCAGACUGCGGGAGCAGUACCGCUAGAUGUGGUUGCAGCAGAGAGCAUAGAAACCAAUGUGGACGAGAUGGUCUCGCUUGAGGACGAGGUGGGGAACAAGGAGGAGCACGAAGAAGAAAGCUGUGACGGGAGUGAAGCUUUGCGUCAGGAGACGCAGCUGAUGCAAGCCUUGGACGUUGCUGCGUGCCCCAGUGUGUCGAGUGAGGCGAUAGGAGGAGGAGGUGAAAGUGAUGACGACGUUGAUAUGGAUGAGUUUUGCGCGCUGAUUGCUCAAGUACGAAAUGUCCGCGACCAAGUUGCAUUCCUUGAUGACACGAAGCGACGAGAACGAGCUGCAGAGGUGGCCAUGAAGCUCUCAAAGUUUUUGGGCGAUCAUGACGACUAUUUGGACGAAGCGUCUUUUGCCGCUGCAUUGUGA